GUUUUAAUUGAUUCAGUUCUUACUAAAACAAUAAGAAUUAAGGCAAUACAGCAUGUCGUUCAUCCAGAAGAUUAGAUAUUUCUUUAAAAGACAGAUUUCUAGAUUUCAGAUGGCACUGAGCGGAUUUCUUUGGCGCCGACAGACACGUGACUCACCUGCUAUCAUGCUUUCCAGAGCGGCCACCAUGGCUGGGGUCACUGCUCACAAGAUAAGUAAACACAUCACCUUCCUCGCCAAUGACGUCGCUGGGACUCCCACGGCUAGUGUUUCACCUGCUCACCCUAAACCCAUAUUGCUGUUGCUGCCAUGGCUGGGCUCCAGACCGCAGGCCAUUGCCAAGUACUGUGACAUUUACUUUCGCACAGGCUUUGAUGUGCUCAUAGUGGAAAGUGCGGUGAGCCAGUUCUUGUGGCCCCGCUGGGGGUUGGAGUAUGGUGGCCAUGUGCUGGAAUUAUUAGAGAGCGAGCGCUUCUCACAGCGCCCCCUACUGGUCCAUGCUUUCUCCAUAGGUGGAUAUACAUUUGCUCAGGUGCUUGUUCAUGUGGCCAAAGACACCCAGCGUUACCAAGGCCUGACAAACAGGAUCAGGGGUCACAUCUACGACAGCCUUGUCAUGGGAUCGCUGGAGCAUAUGGCCAACGGUGCGUACAGAGAUAGCAAUGUAAAGCGUGUUUAUAUA